GUCAAAUUUAAACCCUAUAACAAUCCUUAGGUUUCGAUUCCCGCUUAUCUCUUUUUCUUUCUUUUUUUUUUUCCAAAUGAACAACUACGGUAGCAAUGAACAACAAGAAAAAGCACUUGAAGAAUUUCGAAAUGCUUGGAGACAAGAAGUGGAAAGCAAACAGGGUCAUGAUCCACAUGCUGAAGCACCAGAACAACAACAACAGCAACAAGAAGAAGCCUCAAUUGCUGCUUUGAUUGAACAAACUGAAUCAUUGGCUGUUGAUCAGCCUGAGCCUAUUACUGCUAUGGAUCAUUAUGUACUUGCUGUAGACAAUGAACGACAAGGCAAGCUAGGGAAAGCAUUGGAUAGUUAUCGUCGUGCAUUUAAAUUGGAUCCUGAUAUUGAUUAUGCCUACAAAAAGCAUUAUCAAAAAGAAAUCUUACCCAAGAUUCAAGCAACACAAGAUCAGCCUUCUACAGAAGACUUUAAGCAUAUGAUGCCUUUGAAUAAAGAAUAUGUGGCUCCUCCUCCUACAAGCAAAGAUCCAUUAACAGACUUAAUUGAACAGUUUCUAAAUGAAGAUUUGACUUAUAUACCCAGACUGGAUUAUAAGCCUGUAUCGAUAGCUAAACUACCCAGUGAAAUUAUGUUGAAUGUACUCAAGAUCCUUGCAUUGCAUUCAGUCUCUUCUAUAUCCUAUUUUGCUACUGUAUGUAAAAAGUUCUUUUUGUAUACACGCGACCCUUCUAUUUGGCAAUAUGCUGCUGUACGUGUAUUUCGUCAACCUUCCAUGACCUUAGAAGAAUCCCGCCAAGAGUGUCUAAAGUAUGUCAAUACCUUUGAUGGUAAUUGGAUGCGCAUGUUUAUUGAUCGUCCACGUAUUCGUUAUGAUGGUGUCUAUAUCUCUAUUUGUCACUAUAUUCGACCCGGUACAUCAGAGACAGCAUGGAAUAAGCCUAUUCAUUUUGUGACUUAUUAUCGUUAUUUACGGUUCUUCCCUGAUGGUCGUAUUCUGAAGCAUGUCACCACAGAUGAACCAGCUCAUGUUGUCAAACAAUUACAGUUGGGCUAUAAUAAGAAGCAGUGCUUUCAUGGUCGAUUUAGAAUGGACUUUGAUGAUCAUAUUACCAUUGUCAUGAAGGACUAUACUAUACCUAGAGAACUCUUUCAUUUGUCACUCAAGAUCAAGACAACCCAUCGAGGAAAACAUAACAGACUGAAUUGGGAUCAUUAUGCAAGUAGCUCCAUAGGCGUGAAUAGAGACGACCAUGUCUAUGAUCUUAAGCUACUGAAGCAUUAUAUUUUUAGUCCUGUCAGAAGCUACAAGGUGCAUUAUCCAGAUGAAAUGGAACGCAUUGUAGUCGACUUGAAUGACCCUUUAACUUUUCUUUAAACUGAGAUUCAAAACAAUAAAACCACUUUCUUUUCUCUUC